AAGGCGUUAAGUUUACAACAAAUAGGUCGGUAAUCUAUGGGCAAUUCAAUUGGACAUCUUCAAGACCUUGUAUUCAGACUAAAGCAAAAGUUAAACUUUAUGAAGAUAAGUUUGGCCCUCUACCAGUAGACGCUUCCAAGUCAGAUGUUAUCAACAAGGAAACUGAAUUUACAAAAUUAGAACCAAAAGUCGAUAUAUUAAUUACU